CUAGUUCAUGUGUGUUGCUGGCUGCAUCUUCCUCUUCAGUCAAAGGCUGCUAAACACAAGAAGCUGCAUUUCGCCGGCUUAUAACAGUCGUCGGUCUGUCCCCUCUCUGUCUGUGAAGUAAUGUAGAAUGGCGUCGGUCUUUGGGAAGAUCGUUGUUGGUACUUAUGUGGAGAUAAAGCGCAGCGAUGGGCGUAUACACCAGGCAAUGGUGACCUCACUGAAUGAGGACAACGAGAGCGUCACAGUGGAGUGGAUAGAAAAUGGAGACACAAAAGGGAAAGAAAUUGACUUGGAAAGUAUAUUUGCACUUAACCCAGAUGUGGCUCCAGAUGAGGAAAUUGCUCCUAGUCCAGAGACUCCACCCCCUCCUACACCCACAUGUGUGAAGGUCAACAAAAUUGCAAAGAACCGUCGGACGAUAGCACCUGUUAAGAAUGACACUCCGUCCAGGGAUAACCGAGGGAUUCCGACCCGAGCCCGACAAAUGCAGCCUCCGCAACCAGAACCGGCACCACCACCGCCGCCUCCGUCCCAGCAACCUGCACAGACCAAUCAAGCUCAGACACAACAGCAGCUGCAGAAUGAAUCCCCACAUCACAUGAUAUCCAGAAAGGAGUCUGGACAGAUUUCGAGGAGGAAGUCGAACUGUGUGAAGGAGGUGGAGAAACUGCAGGAGAAGAGGGAGAGGCGCCGGCUUCAGCAGCAGGAGCUCAGGGAGAAAAGAGCUCAGGAGGUGGACACCACUAUUCCCAACUAUGAGAUCAUGUACAUGAUCCGAGAUUUCCGAGCCAAUCUGGACUACCGGCCUCUGACCACAGCGGAUUUGAUUGAAGAGCACAGAAUAUGUGUUUGUGUGAGGAAACGUCCACUCAACAAAAAAGAGUUGUCCGUGAAGGACUUGGAUGUGAUCACCAUCCCCAGUAAGGACGUAGUGAUGGUUCAUGAACCAAAACAGAAAGUGGACCUGACUCGCUUCCUGGAGAACCAGACCUUCCGCUUCGACUACGCCUUUGAUGACAGCACCACCAAUGAGAUGGUUUACAGGUUCACUGCCAGACCUCUAGUGGAGACCAUUUUUGAGAGAGGCAUGGCGACUUGCUUCGCCUAUGGACAGACAGGCAGUGGAAAAACACACACGAUGGGAGGAGAUUUCUCUGGCAAAAACCAAGACUGCUCUAAAGGAAUUUAUGCUUUAGCUGCUCGGGAUGUAUUUCUCAUGUUGAAGAAACCCAGCUACAAGAAGUUAGAUCUCCAAGUGUAUUCUACCUUCUUUGAAAUCUACAGUGGGAAGGUGUUUGACCUCCUGAAUCGUAAAGCUAAGCUGAGAGUGCUGGAGGACGGGAAACAGCAGGUGCAGGUGGUGGGGCUUCAGGAGAAGGAGGUCAAGUGCACGGAGGAUGUCCUGAAACUCAUAGAAGUGGGCAACAGCUGCAGAACGUCAGGUCAGACAUCGGCCAACGCACACUCAUCUCGCAGCCACGCCGUGUUCCAGAUCAUUCUUCGGAGGAAGGGGAAGAUGCACGGCAAGUUCUCCCUAAUCGACCUCGCCGGAAACGAGAGGGGAGCUGAUACAUCGAGUGCGGACCGACAGACGCGUCUGGAGGGAGCUGAGAUUAACAAAAGCCUUCUGGCACUGAAGGAAUGUAUCAGGGCUCUUGGCCGUAACAAGCCCCACACUCCAUUUAGAGCCAGUAAGCUGACCCAGGUCCUUCGAGACUCCUUCAUUGGGGAAAAUUCACGCACAUGCAUGAUUGCGACAAUCUCUCCUGGUAUGACAUCCUGCGAGAACACUCUCAACACACUACGCUACGCUAACAGAGUGAAGGAGUUUGGGAUUAGUCCGUCGGACAUCCCCUUCUCCCAGGGCGGUCAGGGGAGUCGCCCUGACCACUCGCCCACCAAUACCUAUGAGUAUGAUGACUUUGCUGAUACCUCUCCCAGCAGAGUCAAGGAGCUGACGGUUGACCCCAACCAGGUGAUGGAGGGUGGUCGACCCAACAUCCACGCCGUCAACCAGCUGGAGCAUCUGGAACAUCUGGACGAGGAGUGGCUGAGUAUGUCGCCGCAGAGAGACGACCUCAAACUGCUCUGUGAGCAGAACGAGGAGGAAGUGUCUCCUCAGCUCUUUACCUUCCAUGAAGCCGUGUCUCAGUUAGUGGAGAUGGAGGAGCAGGUGCUGGAGGACCAUCGAGCUGUUUUCCAGGAGUCGAUCCGGUGGUUGGAGGAUGAAAAGGUGCUGCUGGAGAUGACGGAGGAGGUGGACUAUGACGUGGAGUCUUACGCCACUCAGCUGGAGCAGAUCCUCGAUCAGAAGAUAGAAAUCCUCACGGAGCUGCGAGAUAAAGUGAAGUCAUUCCGCUCCACGCUCCAGGAGGAGGAGCAGGCCAGUAAGCAGAUCAAACCCAAGAGGCCAUUUGCUCUUUAGUGACUGAAGAGGUUCAAGUGGCACAUGCAGAAACAUAACUAACCACUAGAUGUUUGACACAAGCUGAGCUGCUGUGGAGAGCAGCAGCAGCAGCAGCAGCAGCAGCAGCAAGCUGAGUGGAAGAGAAUCAACAGGCUGAGAUUACAACUGGCUCAUUAUGGUCUUAUUAGGAAGGGAAAAUAAUAGUUUUAUUUCCUCUCUUUUUAGAUUUUUCUUCAUGAACUAUGUUUAGUUUCUUCUUCUUAAAUUAUUUUUGUUUUAUACUUCUUUGUACUUUCUUUUAAACAAAUUUUUAGUUUUUUUUUUGUUGUUUUUUGUUCCUGGCCUAACGAAGAGACCCUCAUUGCACACUUUUUGAAGGUUUACCACACAAAACCAGUAUUUUCUUUCUGGUCCCUCUGGCUGACAUAUCUGCAUGUGCACUCUAUGAUAAGCGUAUGUAAUUUCACCUCUUUCCUCAGCUGGUGUUUGUAAAGUCACAUCUCAUCUUUCUUUUCCUUCCUUCCUUUGAGAGUUUUUACCAGUUUGGAAAAAGAGCUGUAGCGAUUAUUCACUUUCUAAAUUAAGCGUCAACUAUUUUAAUAAUCGAUCAAUCAGUUUUAAAUAAUUAAAACAAAACCAAGCAAGUACUCGGUUAAUCAAGAAAAUAACUGACAGAUUAAUCGAUUAUCAAAAUUAUGGUUAGUUGCAGCUCUAUGUGAAAAAAGCCUUUAAUCACAGCUGUGCUUCUGUUUCUUUUCCUUUUUUUUUGUAACACGUAGUUGCUUGAGUUUGUGCCAUUUCAUUCUAUGUGGUUACUUGACUUAAAAAAAAAAUCCUACUUACUGUAAAACAUGUUUUUUUUCCACCACCCCCGUUUAACAUUUUUGUUAUAUAAAAAAAAAACUAGAAAAAACCUGAUAUUAAUAAAUAAAUGUAUAGUGACGACUCCUGAACGACCGGUGGUUAAGUGGCUCAGUGUUUGCACUGGAUGUGAUGCUGGAAGAAGUUAAUAAAGACUUGUGUCUUUCAUUUGAA